CCAUCACCCCCACGCUACCCACCCCCAUCACCCCCACUACCCACCCCCCCACCCCCAUCACCCCACUACCCACCCCCAUCACCCCCACACUACCCACCCCCAUCACCCCCACGCUACCCACCCCCAUCACCCCACUACCCACCCCCAUCACCCCCACACUACCCACCCCCAUCACCCCCACACUACCCACCCCCAUCACCCCCACUACCCACCCCCCCACCCCCAUCACCCCCACACUACCCACCCCCAUCACCCCCACUACCCACCCCCAUCACCCCCACUACCCACCCCCAUCACCCCCACUACCCACCCCCAUCACCUCCACGCUACCCACCCCCAUCACCUCCACGCUACCCACCCCCAUCACCCCCACGCUACCCACUCCCAUCACCCCCACUACCCACCCCCCCACCCCCAUCACCCCCACGCUACCCACCCCCAUCACCCCCACUACCCACCCCCCCACCCCCAUCACCCCCACUACCCACCCCCAUCACCCCCACUACCCACCCCCAUCACCCCCACUACCCACCCCCAUCACCCCCACACUACCCACCCCAUCACCCCCACUACCCACCCCCAUCACCACCAGGCUACCCACCCCCAUCACCCCCACUACCCACCCCCCCACCCCCAUCACCCCCACGCUACCCACCCCCAUCACCCCACUACCCACCCCCAUCACCCCCACACUACCCACCCCAUCACCCCCACUACCCACCCCCAUCACCCCCACGCUACCCACCCCCAUCACCCCCACGCUACCCACCCCCAUCACCCCCACUACCCACCCCCCCACCCCCAUCACCCCACUACCCACCCCCAUCACCCCCACACUACCCACCCCCAUCACCCCCACACUACCCACCCCCAUCACCCCCACUACCCACGCCCCCCCACUACCCACCCCCAUCACCCCCACACUACCCACCCCCAUCACCCCCACUACCCACCCCCAUCACCCCCACUACCCACCCCCAUCACCCCCACUACCCACCCCCAUCACCUCCACGCUACCCACCCCCAUCACCUCCACGCUACCCACCCCCAUCACCCCCACUACCCACCCCAUCACCCCCACUACCCACUCCCCCACCCCCAUCACCCCACUACCCACCCCCAUCACCCCCACACUACCCACCCCCAUCACCCCCACGCUACCCACCCCCAUCACCCCACUACCCACCCCCAUCACCCCCACACUACCCACCCCCAUCACCCCCACACUACCCACCCCCAUCACCCCCACUACCCACCCCCCCACCCCCAUCACCUCCACGCUACCCACCCCCAUCACCUCCACGCUACCCACCCCCAUCACCCCCACUACCCACUCCCCCACCCCCAUCA